AUGGAUGGCGACCAACAAAAGCAGCAUGAGCGGUUUAUAAGAAGAUCGAGCAAUGCUCCGGGUCGUUUAACCGAGUUCGAGUCCAUGCAUCCACGUGGAGGUGAAAGUGGAGGAGAUCAGGGCAUAUCAGAGGCUCCAGACCGGAGUCCACAAAUUUCAUAUGACUAUGCAUCGUACACAGACAACCCAUUCCAGGGAGAUCCGUACUCGGCACGGUUGCGACGACAGAUGGAGGCGCAGCCAGCUCAACAUCGCUCUCAGCGCAUGCAGCAUCAGCCACAGCAUCACCAGCAACAACAACAGGAUACACAGUCGUUUGUGCAGUACGAAUCUGGCAUGCUGUACGGCUUUGGUCAACAGGGUCCUGUACAAGGACCCUUUGACGUUGUUUCACAGUACUCGACGCGGCAGUCUGCAGCGAUUGAAGCCCUAUCGAAUCAAUUUGCCGUUCCACAGUAUUUCGCUCCGGAGGAACCAUCGGGGACGGGGGUCCCAGGACUGUCGAGUUAUAUGAAUCCUCAGAUACCAUAUAAUCAACCAAGUCCCAUUGCACGCCCAAGCACCACGCAAUCCUUUUCCACGACCAUGCCCGAUUUUAUUUCUAUGGGAGUCGGGUCCUCUCGAUUGGAUCCUUCGCCUUUACAGCAUCCUGAUCCAUCACAUCAGACUGCUACUGCUUCUUCCAGUAUCGAGCACUCUUACUUUCAGUAUCAGCGACGACUACGCACCACCUUUGACCGAACGCGAGCUGGGCGAUUGAUAGAAGCGAAUACAUCGUUGUUGGAAAUUUCCGACUGGCUUGUGACAAACGCACGGGAUCUUGGGAUUCUGCGCGACGACCAUCUCGUCUAUCCUGACCGCUUACGGUUUUGGAACGAGUUUAAUCUUUGCUGGUUAGCUCUGUGUCAGAAACAGAAGGAGUUGUCCCAAGAUUAUAUCACCACAGGCCAGUUACCCGCACAGACCAAUCUGAUUUCCAGAGAUCGACUGGAACAGUCUGGGAAAGAGUUGAUUCAGAUUUGCGAUCAACUGGAGCAACAUGGUCUAGUGGAUUAUCAGAUGGGGAUCUGGGAAGAAGAGAUUCUCUGUGUCCUGGGACAAUGCAUCGACCUGAUGGAGAAAAAACCCGAACUCCGCCACAUGGUACAAUCCAUCCCUACAUGUACAAGCAGUACCUGA